AUGAUGGGACGGCCCAGGUACUUAACUCCUUCGGAGGUGGCGGCUCACAACACGGCGGAGGACCUGUGGGUGUCCUUUCUGGGCAAAGUGUACGACCUGAGCCCGCUGAUGAGCCAAUACAAAGGUGAUGUUCUGCUGUUGCCCAUCAUGGAGUUUGCAGGGAAGGACAUCAGCAGCUGGUUUGACCCCAAAACUGAAGACAUCCUGAAGUACGUGGACCCUCUGACCUGCUGUGUGGCGUACUACACCCCCAGGGGACGUUUCCUGCACAUCCCCCCCACCGGUCCGCGCUCCGACUGGGACAGCGACAUCGGACAGCCGUGGUGGAGAGAUCGCCGAUACGAGGUGGGGCUGCUGUCCGCUAAAACCAGGUGGAUACGAAUCAUCAACACGCUGACGUCACAGGAGCAGCGAAUGGAGGUGUGCUCAGAGGAGACUCUGAACGAGAUCCUGCAGCGCUACCUGCGAUACAACUCGCAUGCCCGCAGCUACACCUGGAAAUACAACGGUGCCGUCCUGGACAUGAACAAGACGCUGAGUGAGAACAAUGUCCCAGACAAUGACCUCGAGCUCGAACAGCUGCGUCUGGACCGAGACGCAUUCACCCCCGCCAUCCUCCUCCACUACAACGAUGACCUCACCGAGGGCUGA